AUGUCCUGCUGCAUGUAUGUAAAGGAACCCAAGUGCACGUGUGGCCAGUCAUUUAGGGAGGCGGCACCCUGGUCGAAUGCAAACUGCUUUGUCGUGGUGACGGGGGCCAGCCGCGGUUUUGGUAGGGCCUUUUGCAUUCAGCUAUUGAGGGAAGUGGCCGAGCCGCGCUUCUGCCACUGCCCCCCUGCCGUCUCCCUCACCUUCUUUCUCCUCGGUCGUGACAUGAAUGCCCUCUGUGAAACAGAAAGCGAGAUAAUUGCAUCGAUACCAGAAAAUGGUACAACAAGCGUUGCUGUCUACUUCGACGGUGGUGAGCAUCUGGACAUGAAUACAGCAGAUGCUGUGACCCUUUCAAACACACUGCAGCCAAUCUACGACGCAAUGGCGAAGUGUGCCAGUGGCAAUCAGCCCCAGUGGAACCUCUUGGUCAACAAUGCCGGCACUCUGGGCAACAUAAAGAUCCGCGCUGAUGAACAUCUUUCCACGGUCGAUCUGGAGUCGUACUUUCGCGUCAAUCUCUUCUCCCAGAUUAUCCUCACCAAUGUCUUCCUCCAUCAUGUCGCCCCAAUGGUGGAAAAGACCUCCCACCCACCUACCACCAUUCUCACCAUCUCUAGCCUCGCUGCGGUGAAACCACUUUCACACAUGCUUACCUACUGUUGUAGCAAAGCUGCACGGGAUAUGCAUCUCAAGUGUUUGGUCAUUGAUCGGCCCUCUAUCUCUGCUUUUAUCUAUUCUCCGGGUCCCCUUUUGACUGCAAUGUAUGAUCAGUUGGAGAAGGAGCAAGGGGAUCCGAAGGCGCGAGCGUGGUUCAAGGAAAGACGUGAGCAGGGCCUCGUGAUACAGCCUAUGGAUUCUGCACGGAUGUGUGUGCGAUGGCUGCGCCGGCAAAGGUUUUCCUCGCAAACCGGUGAAAUUCAAUUUCCAGCUCGCGUUUGUCUGCUACAUCAGGCAGACUACAGGGAACUGUGGAAAGGGCAGCAUUUGGACUACUUCGAGGCCAGAGACCUGGAGGAGGCAGAGUUCGGUCGAAUUGGUCUCUAG